UUCAUCGAAGUUACUACCAGCAUGGUACUAAACUUUGAACCUGGUAAAUCAAAAAAUGUCGGCUUUGUUACUAACAAAUCCAACGACUGCAUUCUUCUCCAAUUUGAAAGUGAUGGUUUCACCACGCCUGAUGAGAAGGUAAAGGAACUCUUGAAAAAAUUGACCGAAACAAAAUAUUUAUAUGCGUUGAAGUUACUAUUUGAAAAUCCAAUUAAUCAAUUUUCACCCCAAGUUCUUCGAGAUUCCUUAGUCGCAUUAUCCGAUCCAACGCCGUUUGAUUAUUAUUCAAGGCAAAGUGCGAUUAGAUUAGAAUUGCACUUACGUAUAUGGGUGGCAGUCUUAGAGCAAAUUUGCUUUACACAAAUGCGUUUAAGCAAAGGACUUCGGGAUAAGAUUUACAACUCAUUGGCAAGUUUUUCAGAGAUUCAUAGAAAAACAACUCAAGUGUUGCAAGAAGGAAUUGAUAAUAAUUAUAACUCAGAUUUUAAUCAAUUCAAUAAGCUAAAUAAUAAUGAAGAGGAUCGAAAUAUUCUUAAAAAACGAAACUAUAAUAUUGACUUUCUGUUGGUUCACUUGCGGGAUACACUGCAUAGUCUUCGUGAUGAUGAAACAUGGACUCAAGAAUUAAUGCGAAGAACGAAAGAUUUACUUAAAACCGUUCUUAAUGUUUCUACAGGAAUUUUAUCUGUUGUGGCGCCCGGAAUCACUACCUCAAGUGAUAAUUGUUCAUUCUUUUCAAAGCUUGCACAAUUACGUAAAGGAUUAACUUUCAAAUAUCCGGUAGCCGUUUAUUAUGUGGAUUGGAGAAUUAUGUUGAUAAUCCGACAUAAUAUUAUUAAAUGGUCUGAAGAUACUGAAAAGGUAAUUAGCAAAAAAUUCGGGGAAAUGAUCUUGAUGGAAUAUCUUUGGAGUUAUUUAGAAAGAGAAUGGAAUAAUUUGGCUGAUAAAACUAUGUUAGAUUCUCAGACAAAAUUUGAUAAAAUUUCAAAUAAUGUUUCCAAUACUUUGAGAAAUAUCGGAAAUCUCAUCAAUGAUCUUGCCGGAAAUGAGCCUCUUACAUUCCCGCAUACAUUAUGGUUUGGAAUUUUGGAUCUUGCACAUAACCUCAUCAAAAGUUCCGAUCGGACCGCUACACAUGGUCUCAGUUAUUAUCUGGCGAUCGAGUCACUUAAUAAGGCACCAAGCAGCUUUAUUCAAUUUAAAGCGAUUGAAAUAUUGCUGCAUUUAUACAAUAUCAAUAGUAAAUUAUUUACAAUUGUAGAACUUGAUUUUAAUCAAUACAGUCAAAAAUUAAAUGAAAAUAACUCAAAAGCAGAAUCAGAUAAUUUUCAAAAUUUACUAAUGUUUGUUAAAAAAAACUAUUUAAUAGAUGAAAAAGAGGAAUGUUUGGAUCAAAACACAUUUUUGAUGGAACAAGAAGGAUACAAUUCAUGUAAUAUUAUUGAUAUUAUUGCGGAUACAAUGACUUGUCCAAUCAGCCAUGAACCAGUAGAUAAUUUAUGUAUUUUAAAAUGCCAGCACGAGAUAUCAUUGUAUAAUUUGAGAAAAUUAAAACAAAAGAAUUGUCCUAAAUGUCGAGAAAUUAUUGAGGAAACCGGGCGCAUAUUACCAUCAGAUCAAGUAAAAGUUGAUCAAAAUGAAAGUGAUUCAGAUACUUCUGAAGUUGAUCUUGUUUUAACUAAAAAAAAGCAAUCUUCCAAGGAAAUUACAUUUAACUCUAGUAAAUCAUUACAAUCAAUAUUUCAAAGAACUUCAAAGAAGCAGCAUCCAGCGCAUCAAAAUGUUAUUAGGGAGCUAUUAGAAAGAAAUUAUGAAGAAGCUAAAUACUGGUGUAAUGAAUUUUUAAAAAUUUUUCCUAAAAGUUAUUCCAUGAGAUGCAUUUUGGCUUAUAUAUAUAAAAACCUUAAUCAUCACGAACAAGCAUAUCUAAACUUAAAUAAAGCCAUUGGCUUAAAUCCAAAAAAUCCAAUUGCAUAUUUUAUACAAGGAGAAAUUUUUUUCAAAGAAAAAAAAUAUAUUGAUGCAGAUUUUGCAUUAAAUAAUUCAAUAUAUCGUAAAGCUAAAUUUAAUAAUAUUCAUUUAAUAAUUGGAAAUAUUUCACUUCAUUACUGUAAUAGUCGUAAAGCGGCAUUACAAAAUUAUAAUAUAGAAUUACAAAGUAAUCCGAAUAAUUAUUUAUGCUUAAAGAAUUGUGCAUAUAUUUAUGAGAAACAAGAAAACUACCUGAAUACUUUGGAAAUGUUACGUAAACUGUUGAAUAUUAAUGAAAAUGAUUCAUUAAUUUUAUGUUAUUAUGGAGAAAUCCUUAUGAAAUUAGGUAGAUAUGUUGAAGCGGAAUUAUAUUACACAAAAGCAAACAAUAUAGAUCCGGAAAACAUUCACAUUUUAAUUAAGAGGGCCAUUACUUAUAUUGUCCUCCAAAAAUAUGAUAAAUCAUUCUUGGAUCUCAACAGAGUUUUAAAAUUAGAUCCUUUAAAUACUUUGGCACAUUAUUAUAAAGGACUGAUUUGUUAUUUACUAAAUGACACAAGUGAUGCCUUAGCAGCAUUAACGAGGUGCACAGAAUUAGAUUCAAAUGAUGAUUUAGCAAAAGCACAAUUAUAUUAUUUAGAAUUCUUACGCGAUAAAGAUUACUUAAAAGAUAUAAUUAUUACAAAAGUUAAUCAGAUUUCUAACAUCGAUGAGGAUAAAUCAUUACUGCUUAUUAGAUGUAAAAUAUAUAUUGAAUUAGAAAUGUAUGAAAAAGCAUUAAAGGAUUCAUAUAAUUUAUUUAACAAGAGUCGUGAAGAUAUUUCAAUUUUUUUCCCAUUAAAAAAAUACUUGUCGUUUUGGUCAUACCUAUGUAAUUAUUGUAGCUUAAAUGAUUAUGAAAGCAAAAGUUAUGGAAUCGUUGAUAAUUUUAAUACAUACAUGUUUAAAGGGAAAAGGUGUUAUUUUCUAUCAAAUCUUGAGAAUAUUGACGAUAAUAAUAAUUUAUUGUUUCGAGAUGAUCAUAAUAGCUUAUCAGGAAGGAUAUUGCACGUUUCGGAAAGUUCCAAAUUUUUUAAUCCUCAGAAAUUUCCAAAACUAUCGAGUUUUUUCUUCCUACCUAAUUUUGUAGCUUGGAAAAUCUGUAUUGAAAGAAUAUUAUCAAAAGAAUGUACCGUGAUUUUUGUGGUCGAAGCAGGUUAUGAUUCCCCUCAGAAGCAUCAGAGACAUCAAGAACAUAAACUAAAUUACGAUAAAAUAUCAGAAAUCAUUGGACUAGGUUGGAUCGAGUAUGAACUUCCAUUUGAGCUAAUCAAAUGGAACUGGAUACGGCCUUCAAUUAAAGUAGAAAAUGGUACAAUUGAUAUGAAAAUCGAUUAUGUUCGGUUAAACUCAUUUGAAAGAGGACCAAUUUAUUUACCAAAGAUGGGUCAUCUGUUACCAACCUAUAAAUCACAACCAAAUGUACCCGAAGCUUUUGAAGAUAAGUACUUUUCAAAGAAAGAAAUGGAAAACUUCUUUGAAUUAAAAGAAAUCCUUAACUAUCUAUAA